GCCAGCGGUGGAUUAUCCGGGACAGUUUGCGUCUGAGGGCUGCGAAUUGAGCGAGGAGGACAAGGGUAUGCUCAGUGGUGGCGGCGGCGAUGCCCGCCUGGCUAAUGCCGCGGCGCGGGGGCAGGUGGAGACCGUGCGGCAGCUCCUGGAAGCCGGUGCGGAUCCCAACGGACUCAGCCGCUUCGGCAGGCGCCCGAUCCAGGUCAUGAUGAUGGGCAGCGUCCGAGUGGCCGAGCUCCUGCUGCUCCAUGGCGCGGACCCCAACUGCGCGGACCCCGCCACCCUCACCCGACCUGUGCAUGACGCAGCCCGGGAGGGCUUCCUGGACACGCUGGUGGCGCUGCACCGAGCCGGGGCGCGGCUGGACGUGCGGGACGCCUGGGGCCGCCUGCCCGUGGACCUGGCUGAGGAGCGGGGCCACCGCGACGUCGCCCGGUACCUGCACACGGCCGCAGGAGACUGA